AUGUCUACUCCUAUACCUCGUUUGUGCCUCUACGUUAUGAGAACCAAUGAGAACGGUGAAUCCAUGGACUUGAAGCAACCUGAAGGACGGUGCAUAGUUCUGCCUGCGGGUGCUUUACAACUUCGAAACGUGUUACAAAAGGCCGUCGAAAGUUCACAUUAAACUCUGAAACUAACCUUUAAAGGAACGCAACAUGCUGGGCACAUUAAUUUCCAACGCAUAUCAAACCCUUCCACGUCUUCUGUCAUUAAGUCAAACUUGUUCGUCAAUCAUUGGUUCUCCGACGUUAACAAAUCAGUGGAGCCUUACAUUAAGUAGAACGAAAAUGCGAUAUCAUUUUCCACGUCCGAACGAAUAUAAACGUAUUAAAAAGCACGGUUGGUUUACAAGAAUGUCCACGCCUGCUGGUAGAAGAAUCUUAAUGAGGAGAAUAUUGAGAGGCAGACACAUACUCAGCCACUGAGCAUAAUAUGGAGAUUCUGUUAUCCAAAUUAUGUACAAUCAUUAUUGUUUAUUGAAUAUAGUAAAUAUAACAUAGAAAUAAAAAAUACGUUAAUAUCAUCAAA